CCACAGCUCCUCCGCCAUUCAGCCAGACAGUCGAGCGAGUCGGGAGGGCCAGGACCGAGCAGCCAGCCAGAAACCGGAGCCCGUCGUCAGCCUCCUCUCCAGCGCUCCUCUCCAGCAGCAGCAGCAGCAGCUCUCCGUGAGACUCCCCACACCGCAGCGACAAUAUGCGUGAGAUAGUGCACCUGCAGGCCGGGCAGUGCGGGAACCAGAUUGGAGCAAAGUUCUGGGAGGUGAUCAGUGAUGAGCAUGGCAUCGACCCAACAGGAACCUAUCAUGGAGACAGCGACCUGCAGCUGGACAGAAUCAAUGUCUACUAUAAUGAGGCUUCAGGUGGGAAGUACGUGCCCAGGGCCAUCUUAGUGGAUCUGGAGCCAGGCACCAUGGACUCUGUCCGCUCCGGCCCCUUCGGACAGAUCUUCAGACCUGACAACUUUGUCUUUGGCCAGAGUGGAGCAGGUAACAACUGGGCCAAGGGCCACUACACAGAGGGAGCAGAGCUGGUGGACUCGGUCCUGGAUGUGGUGAGGAAGGAGGCUGAGAGCUGCGACUGCCUCCAGGGUUUCCAGCUCACACACUCCCUGGGCGGGGGUACCGGCUCUGGCAUGGGAACUCUGCUCAUCAGCAAGAUCCGUGAGGAGUACCCCGAUCGUAUCAUGAACACCUUCAGCGUGGUGCCCUCUCCUAAGGUGUCAGACACAGUGGUGGAGCCCUACAACGCCACCCUGUCUGUCCACCAGCUGGUCGAGAACACAGACGAGACUUACUGCAUCGACAACGAGGCUCUGUACGACAUCUGCUUCCGCACCCUCAAACUCACCACACCCACUUACGGAGACCUCAACCACCUGGUCUCCGCCACCAUGAGCGGGGUGACAACCUGCCUGCGUUUCCCCGGCCAGCUCAACGCUGACCUCCGCAAACUGGCCGUCAACAUGGUCCCCUUCCCCCGUCUGCACUUCUUCAUGCCCGGCUUCGCCCCCUUGACCAGCCGGGGAAGCCAGCAGUACAGAGCCCUCUCUGUGCCCGAACUCACUCAGCAGAUGUUUGACGCCAAGAACAUGAUGGCUGCCUGCGACCCCCGCCACGGCCGCUACCUGACCGUGGCUGCCGUGUUCCGCGGCCGCAUGUCGAUGAAGGAGGUGGACGAGCAGAUGCUUAACGUGCAGAACAAGAACAGCAGCUACUUCGUGGAGUGGAUCCCCAACAACGUCAAGACGGCCGUGUGCGACAUCCCGCCCCGUGGGCUCAAGAUGGCCGCCACCUUCAUCGGCAACAGCACGGCCAUCCAGGAGCUGUUCAAACGCAUCUCCGAGCAGUUCACCGCCAUGUUCCGCCGCAAGGCCUUCCUCCACUGGUACACCGGCGAGGGCAUGGAUGAGAUGGAGUUCACCGAGGCGGAGAGCAACAUGAACGACUUGGUGUCUGAGUACCAGCAGUAUCAGGACGCCACGGCUGAGGAAGGAGAGUUUGAGGAAGAGGGAGAGGAGGAGGUGGCCUAAGGCUAAAAUCACUCAUCGUUCCUCCACUGCACUCAUCAUAACUCCAUCCAACCAUCCAUCCACUGAUUUCAGCCCUACUCUGCUCUCUUUCUCUGACCUUUUUUUUUUUUUACAGUACUGUCCUCUCCCAGCUCUCUCUCUCAUCCCAGUGCUCCCUCUGUUUCCUCUUCUCUCUGCUUCUCCUCUCUCUUCCAUCAACAGCCCCCUCUCCUCCACCCAGAGUAGGAUUCACAACACUAAACUGACUCUCCCAUCUCAGUGCUCAUGUAGAGGUAGCUAACACAGGUGUGCUUGUGGUCUUUUGUCGGUAGCCUUCUGUUAAUGUUCAUUUAUCAUCAUCAGUCAAGCAGUUCUGUACCUGGGCCAAGUAUUCAAUGAAACUGUUCAACUCACCUGAAAUUUGAUCACAUGUCUAAUUUGGCAUUGAUUGAAAUAAACUUGUUGGAAAAAGUA